GAAUGCGAUUAAUGGGACAGUCGCCGUCACCGCCACGGAAGUGAUAAUUGAAGUAUCGGGUGUAGCUUAAUGGAAUACUUGUCGCCAAAUUCCUGCUGUGGGUCUUCCAAUGGGACAAUUGCUUCCCUCUUUCUAACGUUAGUGAAUACGAUAGCGGCGAGUAAGUGUUCACUUGGAGCCCUUGACAACUAUCCACCAGAUUAUGGACCCCAUCUUCGAGACGGCGAUAGCUUCGAUUUCAUUGUAGUAGGUGCCGGUUCUGCAGGAUCCGUGGUUGCAAGUAGGCUAUCAGAGAAUCCAAAUUGGAAGGUCUUGCUGAUUGAAGCUGGUGCAUACCCAUCAGCGGAAUCGGAGGUGCCGGGAUUGUUACUCCAACUGCAGAAUACUGACAUUGAUUGGAAGUACAGGUGUGAACCAUCGGAGCACGUUCGCUUCAGGAAACAGACCAGCUGCCCUCGUGGAAAGGGUUUGGGGGGUACAAGCCUGAUUAACUACAUGGUUUACACUCGCGCAAGCCACGCUGACUACAACAACUGGGCCACAUCUGGAAAUGGAGGGUGGGGCCCUGAAUCCCUCAUGCCGUUGUACGACAGGCUUGAAAACUUCCAAGGGGGGAACGGCCAACUGAGUGUAACCAGAAGGGAGUCGAACGAACCCAUAAUUCCUAGUUUGAUGGAGGCCUACGAUGAACUGGGGUACACCCGCGACAAUAACGACGGCGACUGUUUAGGGCGAUCGUCCGGUAUCUUCACUGUAUCGAACGGCAGGAGGCAAAACGUUGCCAAGGCGUAUCUGCAAGUCAAAGGCAGACCCAAUCUCUUCGUCACCCUCAACAGCCAGGUGUCAAAGCUACUAAUUGGCCCAUCGCUCCACGUCCGAGGCGUAGAGGUGCGCUCGGGAAGCCGUCUCCUGACAGUGCACUCAAAGAAAGAGGUAAUCCUCUCGGCGGGCGCGGUGAGCUCGCCCCAAAUACUGAUGCAUUCAGGCAUCGGCCCAAAGGCGCAUCUACAAGGCGUUGGCAUAACAGUCCGAAAAGCCCUCCCCGUCGGCGACAACCUACAAGACCACGUAGCCUUGCCAGGGUUGUACUACAAACUCGACAAGUCCGCCUUACCCACCCCCUUCAAGGAGAUCAACUUCGAUCACGUCUACGAGUACCUGGUGCACGCCAAAGGUCCGCUGACCUCCCUCGGCACUGAUUUCUUUGGAUUUGUAAAUCCGAAAAACGACUCCGCCCAACACACGCUGGAGGUUUGCCACUUUUUAAUCCCGCAGAAGUUUCUGACCUUCCCCAACAUGCAUCUGACCGACGUAUUCGAUCUGCCGAAGAGUCUCGCCGAUACCUUAGCGAAAGUGAACGAGGACAGCCCGAUUACCUGCCUGUUGCCGAUACUCUCGUACCCGCAGUCGAGAGGAAGGGUUCGGCUAAGAUCGGGCGACCCGUUCGACGCGCCCUUAAUCUUGACGAACUACCUCAGCGCGUCGAAAGACGUCGACAGUCUUAUUGAGGGGGUGAGGUUCGUGCAGAAGAUGAUGCGGACCGAGGCGCUUGCGCGUUACAAGCCGAAGUUCAUCCGGUUCGAUCUGCCGGAUUGUGAUGGCCGCGAUUUCGAUAGCGACGCGUAUUGGGAUUGCGUGAUCAGGAAUUUUGUUCGAACCGCUUACCACUUGAGCGGGACGUGCAAGAUGGGACCGGCAAGGGAUCCGCAGGCGGUUGUCGAUUCGAGAUUGCGCGUGCAUGGGGUUGAAGGCUUGAGGGUCGUAGACGGGUCCAUUAUGCCUACUAUAGUUGGAGUUCAUACGAACGCCCCAAUUAUUGUGAUUGGUGAGAAAGGGGCUCAAAUGAUCAGGGAAGAUUGGCAGGAAGAAAGAAGCGAGUUAUAGAUUUUGUUACAAUGUUAAUUAAACAAUAAAUUCAAAAACGUU